AAGAGUGUGGAGAUAAAAAUAGUCAAGGUCCUUAUUCUCUGUCGGGCGUGGAGAAAAGAGACAAGGAAUAUAGACACAUUCCUUUUGAGAGAGAGUGAAGGAAGGAGUGAUAGAAGAGAAGAGGACUAGAUAGAUCUACUACAUCGAAGAACGAGCUAUUCAGUGGACGUUGGCGGCUUUGCUGUCACAGGAAAGGGAGGAGGGGAGGGGGGAACAAGGGAUCAUGCUGGUCACGGAGGGACGGAGGAGUGUGUGUGCGAGGGUGUAUCCUGGUGUCUGCUUCGUGCUGGAGGAGUGUGUUUGAGGAAGAGAAUUCCGGCGAUUCAGUGCCAUGCUAUGGACUAAGAGCCAGCUGGAGUCUUGCUGAAGACAUGGCCCAGGCUAAAGGGCGGAAUGAUGGCGUCCUGUCAUCCAAUGAGAACACUCGGCCGCUGUCGUCGGGCGAGGUUGAGGGCGUGGCGUGGCAGGGCCCUCGUACGGUGCUCCUGCAGAAGAACUCCCAGGGCUUCGGCUUCACGCUGCGCCACUUCAUUGUGUACCCGCCAGAGUCUUCCCUCCACAAUAACCUCAAGGAUGAGGAGAAUGGAAACGGCAAUGGAAAAGGUUGUCAAAGGGGUCGUCUGGAGCCCAUGGACACCAUCUUUGUAAAGAGUGUGAGGGAGAAAAGCCCUGCCCACCAAGCUGGCCUGUGUACAGGGGACAGACUGGUAAAGGUGAAUGGGGAAAGUGUAUUAGGGAAGACCUACUCUCAGGUGAUCGCGUUGAUCCAGAACAGCGAGAAUGUUCUGGAGCUCUGCAUCAUGCCAAAAGAUGAGGAUGUGUUGCAGUUGGUAAGUGCGUACUCUCAGGAUGCCUACCUGAGAGGAAAUGAGCCAUACACGGGAGGGGCGCAGCAUAUCCCCGACCCUCCCCCACUCUGCUACCCCCGUGCCAAGCCCACUUCCACGGCCCCUCUGCCACCCAACCACCAAAGCCCCCUGGACAACUGGCACUGCCGCCCCAGCCCUAUUAACCAGGCAUCCCCCUUGGACAACCGCUCUGCCGCGGUUAACGUAACUCAGACCUCCGGCAGGCCCAGGGGUCCGGGAGAAAACGAGGAGGAUGGCGGAGGCCAUUUUGGCUCCUCGGCAGGACAAGAGGGAGAUUGGCAGCCAUCUUUGGGGCAGAACCGCGGGCGCUCGUCGUCGGCCGUCAGCGCACUGGAUUUCCACUUUGCCAACCACAACGCCGCCAUCGCCUCUGCAACCCUGCCCCACAUGCCCACCCGGAAGGGAAGUUUACCGGCUACGCGUGCCCACAGUGACGCCAUGUGCCACCAGGCGCUGUCGGACUGGUACUACAGCCAGGCAGAGGCGGCCGAGCGCAUGUCCCCUCGACACCGGAGCAUAUCCCAGGAUCGGUUAGCCGAGCUGGGGUUGGGCUUAGCGCUGGGGCCUGGUGGCGCUGGAGGUCCUGGGUCUAACUCUAUGUCCUCCAUGGCUCACAGAGACCACGGCGUUUCCCAAGAAACUCUGCUGCUCCACCACCAUGCAGCAGCCGCCUCCCACGAUUCCUAUUGGCUGGGAGGCUGGGGGGGAGUGUCCGGGCCAGGGAGCCGUUCGUGUUCCGAAAGCCUGCUGGCGGCGUACGCAUCGUAUGAACGCAACUACGGGCGCUCGCAGGAGACGCUAGCCCAGGCGGCUGCGCUGGUGUCGCCGCACUGCGAGAGAGCCCCCGCCUGGCCGUCGCAGGAUGCCAAGGAGCAGGACAAGGACUUGGGAAACCACCACACGGUUACAGCCACAACCGCAGCCACACUGGCCACAGCCCCCUCCGUUGGUCGGCAGACCCAGCAGCAGCAGGUGGCUGAGCCCCAGACCCAGAGCAGGAGGUUGGAGGAAGAGGAGCUGGUGGGUUACAAAAGCUACAGCCCCUCCUUCUGCCGCAAGGCCGGCCACCUCCUCCAACAAGCCCACUCCUUCAGAGAACCCACCUACAUCGGACCCCACCUCAACUGGGCACCCAGUGCCAAAACUAGCCCCUCGGACUGCGAGGGAGGCUGGAUAGGAGGGGGGAUGGUAGUUCCUCGUCCUUCCUCCACCCCGGCCGUCAUCCCUUCUUCGUCGGAGGAUGAGAGAGUGCGGCUGGGGGAGGAGAGGGGGGAGUCGAGGGAGACGUUGUCUCCUCUCCCUCUGGGCCAGGAGGUGGUGCUGAGGCAGAAGCCCCCUAUGGGGCGUCGGACCCCCGUGCACACCCUCCGUCACCCCCUCUACGCCCUCCCAGUGGAUUCAGCCGAGCCCCCCGUCGGGCUGCUGCCCUCCCCAAACACCCUCACUGCAGGGACACCCUCGCCCGUCUGUGGGGGUACCAGAAUGGGGGACAGUCUAAGGAGGCCCAACGGUAGCCUGCAACCCCACCACAGCACACCCGACUCCCUGGCCUCUAUUCCCUUUAUAGAUGACCCCAUCAGCCCUAGCGCUGACCUACGUGCCCGCCAUGUACCCGCCUGCUCCGUGGUGUCCUCCUCCAGUGCCCCGUGCCCUCUUGUGUCCUCUUUGCCCUGUGCCCUCACCUCUAGUACCACUACUGUCUCCCCUGUCACCCUCUCCUCCUCUACCUCCCCCCUCGUCAAGCUCCGCUCCCAGGACAGCAGCAGUAUCAAAAGCCGCCGUUCCUCCUACCUGCUGGCCAUUACCACAGAGCGCUCCAAGUCAUGUGACGAGGGCCUCAACACCUUCCGGGAGGAAGGCCGUGUCUUCUCGAGACUACCAAAAAGGGUCAAGAGCUUUUUCACUGAUGGAUCUCUGGAGAGUCUGCGUGCUGCAGAGGAGGCGCGGUCGAAACGUCACUCCACCUCCGAACUGGGGACCAUCACCUUCAGUGACGUACGCAAGGACGGCUGGCUUCACUACAAACAGAUCCUCACGGAGAAGGGAAAAAAGGUGGGUGGCGGCAUGCGUCCGUGGAAGCGCGUCUUCUCCGUGCUGCGCUCCCACUGCCUUUUGCUCUACAAAGACAAGCGGGAGGCGGUCCUCCACGGGGCGGGGGCGGGACCUGGCCAUGGGGAGGACGAGCACCCUCCAAUCAGCAUCCGCGGCUGCCUGAUUGACAUUGCCUAUAGCGAAACCAAGCGUAAGCACACUCUGAGGCUGACCACUCAGGACUUCUGUGAGUACCUGUUGCAGGCGGAGGACAGAGAUGACAUGCUGGGCUGGAUCCGGGUCAUCAGAGAGAACAGCAAGACAGACAACGAGGAGCUGGGUUUUUCCAGACAAGCGCUCAUCAGCAAGAAGCUCAAUGACUACAGGAAACAAACUACAACAGGCAAUAAGCCAGACACCUCUCCCAGGGCCCAUCGCAUGAUGCCCCCCUUCCUCCUGGCCAAGACAGACAACGCUUUCAUGAACCGCUCCUCCAGCAAGGAUGAGAGCAAGGGUCCAUGGGGUAUCAUCAUGAAGAAAGCAAAGAAGACAGGCCCCAAGGUGUUUGGAGUGCGACUUGAGGACUGUCAACCUGCUGUUAACAACAAGUUUGUCCCUCUGAUUGUGGAGCUGUGCUGUGGGCUGGUGGAGAGCAUGGGUCUGGAGUACACUGGCGUCUACAGGGUGCCGGGCAACAAUGCCAUGGUGUCCAACCUGCAGGAGCAGCUCAACAAGGGCCUGGAGAUCAACAUUACUGAGGAGAGAUGGCAGGACCUGAAUGUGAUCAGCAGUCUCCUCAAGUCCUUCUUUAGGAAACUACCAGAACCCCUGUUCACUGAUGACAAGUAUAAUGACUUUAUUGAUGCCAACCGGCUAGAGGACUCAGGGAACAGGCUGAAGAGCAUGAAGAAACUGAUCCAUGAUCUUCCAGACCACUAUCACCACACUCUAAAGUUCCUGGUCUGUCAUCUGAAGACAGUGGCGGAUCACGCCGACAAGAACAAGAUGGAGCCCAGGAACCUGGCUCUAGUGUUUGGUCCCACUCUGGUGCGUACCUCGGAGGACAACAUGACCGACAUGGUCACCCACAUGCCCGACCGCUACAAGAUCAUCGAGACGCUCAUCCUGCAUCACGACUGGUUCUUCCGUGAUGGAGAGGUGGAUAAGGAUGAAAAGGCCCCUGUGGAUAUUAAGAGGGAUAUGCAACCGGUCCCCAACAUCGAUCACCUGCUCUCCAACAUCGGGAGAACAGGGCUGCUUGGAAGUGAGGCUUCAGAUUCCACCACCAGCGAUUCACCUAAGGAUAAGUGCACAUGGGGUUCCAAGAAGGACCUGAGUGCCAGGGACUUCCUCCCGUUGUCAAUCAUCUCCGCCGUCACCCGGAAACGCAAGAUACGCCCCAUCUCCCGCCCCCUGAGCAGCAGCACCGACGAAGACUCCGAACAUGAGCCAAUCAAAGCCAGCAACUACGGGGUAGGGGGAGGAGCCAAGGAAGAUGAGGAGGAAGGGGUUGGAAAAGGAUGCACCCCUAAUGGAACUGAGAAAGUGGAGAAAAAGGGAGAAGAGAAGUGUAGGAAGAGGAUAGAGGCAAAACAACAGUCUGACAGAGGAAGAGAGAAGGAGGGAGAAGGGAAGAAAGAAGGGAGUGUGAAAGAUAAAGAAGGGGUGGCAUCCCCCAAACCUCAUCCUAACAGCUUCCUCUACACACACUACCAACCCACCACCACCAGCCCUAGCCCCCCAGUAGAGCCCUCAGUCUCCACACAUUCGAAGCUCCUCGGCCUGGCCCGAGGACGCGCCGCUGUUCCCUCCUGGCUCUCCCCUUCCAGACAGCCCGGCCCUAGCCAACCUUAUGACACCCAGAAAACACAACAGCCGCAGUUGGAACAGCAGCCACUGCCAGUGCAGUAUAGGAAGACAAGGGGAGGAAGGGCAAGGCCCCAGUCAAUGAAUUUGGAUAUGGUGAUGGGUAAGGGGGAGGGCGAGGGGGGAGUUGGGAGACGGGGAGAUAGGGUGAAGGUGGUAAGAGCCACAACAGAAGUGCAACGUCACCGCAGCAGUUCAGUUGGUGUUCCUCAGGGGUGUGUUGUCGCAUCCCUCAAAGUUCAAAGGAGUUCACGCCUAGCCUCUGCUCUAGCCCCAUCUCCAGUCUCUUCUCUCUCUCACCCUCUCCCUUCCUCCUCCUUUUCCCCUUCAUGGACAGAUCAGGGCUCCCUUGGUUCUACUGUUGUCAUGCGGAGGUCGGCCCUGGAGCCUCGAGACAAGCGGAAAGCCUGGCGCCGCCACACGGUUGUGGUCUAACCUCGCUAAGGAAACCUCAUGGGUUCAGUUAGUGAUUCAUUGUAGAUGCCCACUCGAAAGUACUGCCCUUUACACACAUAUUACACAAACACACUCUCCAUUGCGAGUAUCGACAGGUUCAAAGCGUAAUGCCAUACAUAAGCAGUCUCAAGGGUCAUAGUCUAAUUGCGGGUCAUAGGCAUUGAAGCUUUUAAAGGCAAUUUCCAGGGCCUCCCGAGUGGCGCAGUGGUCUAAGGCCCUGCAUCACAGUGCUAGCUGUGCCACUAGAGAUCCUGGUUUGAGUCCAGGCUCUGUUGUAGCCGGCCCCAACCGGGAGCGCAAUGGGGCGGCGCACAAUUGGCCCUGCGUCGUCCAGGUUAGGGGAGGAUGUGGCCAUCGUGCUCUAGCGAUUCCUAUGGCGGGACGGGCGCAGUGUACGCUGACAUUGUCGCCAGGUGUACGGUGUUUCCUCCGACACAUUGGUGCGGCUGGCUUCCAGGUUAAGUGGGCAUUGUGUCAAGAAUCAGUGCGGCUUGGCUGGGUUGUU